CUCCGUGUCCAAAAGUUGGUUCCUUUUCCAUCACCUUCUUUAUUCAUCAUCUGAAGCCAGUGGUGGCCACACUGGCUUCCAUUUCACGGGAAGACACUGGUUUCACGCCUUUCUUGUCUCUUUCUCUGCAGUUCCCACACACCUCUCGGUGCAUCUGGUAAUGUGGGUGUGUGUGUCCGACCCUCUUCCCCAUGACCGCGUGAGCGAGAUCUGACUCAACUCCUCCCUCCUCCUCCUCCUUCAUCAUUUGCCAUUACGGCUGAUUUAAUGCCCACCCAAGAAAAGAUCGGCCUUUGUGUUUGUCCUCCUUAAAUAUAACUCCCCCCCUUUGCUGUAACUGUUCACCGGCCUUUUGUCUUCUUUUUCUUGAAUCUUUUGAAUUUUCAGAGAGAGAGAGAGAGAGAGAGAGAGAAGAUGACCGGAGGAGGAGAAGGAGAGACGACGUUGGAGUUUACUCCGACGUGGGUGGUCGCCGCUGUCUGCACGGUGAUCGUCGCCAUCUCCCUUGGGGUCGAGCGGUUGCUCCACUACACUGGCAAGUACCUCAAGAACAAGGACCAGAAGCCUCUCUACGAAGCCCUCCAGAAAGUUAAAGAAGAGCUUAUGUUGUUGGGGUUCAUUUCGCUGCUGUUGACGGUGUUCCAAAACCCGAUAUCCCGAAUGUGCGUACCCGGGGACUUCAUGAAGCACAUGCUCCCUUGCAGCCUCAGCGAAGCCCCAGAUGAAGGAGAGACCGCCUCCAACGCCACUACCUCGCACUUUCAGCUGUCCUUCUCCGUUGCUCCGGGGAAAAUCAGGAAGCUCCUCGCUGAGACGUCAACGGCGUCAUCCGAGACCGGGACUUGCGCUGCGAAGAAUAAGGUGCCAUUGUUGUCUACUGAGGCAUUGCACCAUCUUCACAUCUUUAUCUUUGUCCUAGCAAUAGUCCAUGUGACUUUCUGUGCUCUCACCGUUCUAUUUGGAGGCGCAAGGAUACGUCAAUGGAAACACUGGGAGAAUGCUAUUGCCAAAGAAAAUUAUGAUAGUAGGAAAGCUUUAGACAAGUUCACACAUGUCCAACAACAUGCCUUCAUCAAGGAACAUUUUCUGGGUAUUGGUAAAAACUCAGCUCUUCUUGGUUGGUUGCAUUCAUUUUUCAAGCAAUUUUAUGGUGCUGUUGCGAAGGCUGAUUACGUUACACUGCGCCUGGGUUUUAUCACGAAGCAUUGCAAGAGUAACCCGAAGUUUAAUUUUCACAAAUACAUGAUACGUGCCCUGGAGGAUGAUUUUAAGAGAGUUGUGGGGAUAAGUUGGUAUCUGUGGAUAUUUGUGGUUGUGUUCUUGCUGCUGAAUGUCCAUGGCUGGCAUACAUACUUCUGGAUAGCAUUCAUUCCAAUCAUUCUUCUGCUGGCUGUGGGAACCAAGCUGGAGCAUGUUAUUACACAAUUGGCUCAUGAAGUUGCUGAAAAGCAUAGCGCAAUAGAAGGGGAACUGGUUGUUCAACCGUCAGAUGAACACUUUUGGUUUCGACGCCCCCGAAUAGUCCUCUACUUGAUCCAUUUUAUACUUUUCCAGAAUGCUUUUGAGAUUGCAUUCUUCUUCUGGAUCUGGGUUCAAUAUGGCUUUGACUCCUGCAUAAUGGGACAAGUCCGUUACAUUGUUCCGAGGCUUAUUAUUGGUGUGUUCGUUCAGGUACUCUGCAGUUACAGCACUCUGCCCCUAUAUGCCAUAGUCACUCAGAUGGGAACUUCAUUCAAGAAGGCCAUAUUCGAGGAGCACUUGCAGGUAGGCCUUGUCAACUGGGCACGGAAAGUGAAGAGAAAGAAGGGACUGAGAGCAGCGGCUGGUGAUGGGUCGGGUUCUGGCCAGGCAAGCUCUCAUGACGGGUCUACCGUCGGAGUUCAGCUGGGAAGAGUAUUCCGCAAGGCAUCUGCACCCGAGGAGACCCAACCCACGCCCGGUCCUGAAGGGUCUAAAUGAGUUCUCUGGCCGUAUCGCAGAUAUUAAGUUACUGGAUUGUCAUUUUGUAGAGCUGUAAGUAGGUACUUUCAAAAGAUCAUACCCAGUUGUAUGUGGCCCGAGCGUUUGUCGGCGGCUGUUGGGGUUGCUCCGGAAUAGUUUUUGCUUGAGAUUGAGGUCCAGUUAAGCGAUGUAUACUAUAAAUGUAUGUCGAUGUAAAGUAUGUACCCGAAGAAGGUAUUCUUAUGUAUUGCUCUCUGUGGUGAUAUACAGGAUGAGAAAUUAUAUGGUU